AUGGUGGAAACCAAAGAGGCCGCUGAGGCCCUCGUGCCCAGGUUUAAACUCACAAGAGCGCUUAAUCAAGAUCAGGCUGGUAGAAGAGUCUCCCUCCUAGGAGAAAUUGACUCUCAGCCUGCUCUGCUCAUUUUAGAGAGAGCUCCAUUUCCGACGGAGGAAGAAUAUCUCCGCUCCGCACCGGUAUCGCUGUCUCGCCUCACCAACCUAGGCGCGAACGACAUCUACCACUGGUUUAUGGCGGCUGCCGGGCCCCGUGCAGCAGAAAAACCAGGAGACGCCCAGGAUUUCUUCCCCGAUUUGAAAAUCAACCUCAUCUACCCCUGCACGGAAACGCACGUCAAGAAGUAUAGUAAGCAGGGCGUACGCUUCGUCACGGAAACGCCCGAAAUUUAUAGGGACCAUCGGGAACAGGGCAGGCUGAACUGGGUAUUUAACAUUAUCGAGGGUAGAACAGAGGUGGAAGACGUUAUAUACAGAACUGUGCUAGGAGAGGCGGGCGACGAGGGAUUUCUCCUCCUGCCGGACCUCAACUGGGAUCGAAAAACGCUCGAGGCUCUGCAUCUACUGGCGCUCGUGGAGCGCCGUGACCUCUGGAGCUUAAGGGAUCUGAAGAAACAGCAUAUACCUUGGUUGGAGCACAUGAAAGACAAGCUCAUCGCCGCCACGAAAGACCAGCUGAAGCUUUAUCUCCACUACCAGCCAACAUAUCACCAUUUACAUAUCCAUAUUGUGCAUGUGGCGCUCGAAGCCGGGGCCACGCAGGCGACAGGAAAGGCGGUGGGCUUGGAGAGCGUGAUGGAAACGCUCAAAGUGAUGGAAGGAGAUGGCGAGGCAGGCAUGGAGUCCGUCGCCUUGAGCUACACGCUCGGGGAGGCGAGCGAGUUGUGGGAACAGGUGUACGAGCCGCUCAAGCAGAAGACUGGUACAGAUCCUCAAUAG